AUGUGAAAUAUCAAUAUGGCCGCUACGGUCUAAUAGGUUGGACGGCGUAAUGUUACGACUAUGAAGAAAUAGCGUGUUUUGUGAAAAGCUACACGCGUAUUAAAAUCUUAAAUUUACGAAAUGUUUUACAAUAACGUCAUUACCGAUUAAAUUUUAUAAACAAUACAAGCCUCAUUAAAUACGAAGCCAAAGAAAUAAGGCAAUGGAUAUACAUUUUAAUAACAUACAAAACGGAGAUUAAAGGUUAAGAAAAAGAUAUAGUAGAGAGGAAAGCAUUUACAAUUCCCUCCGACGAACGGAGGUACGCCUAUGAAAAAUUAUCAUUCAUCGUGAAAAAUUUUAAAUUUUAUUAAACAGAAGAAAUGCUGACUUCAAAAAACUACGAUAUUAUAUAUUAAGAAGAAAUUAAUUUUACACAUUCAUUAAUUCUAACAAAAAGCAAGAAAAUGAGUAGAUCAGAUUGUGCAACUGAUACAGGAAGUGGCUGGCGUGAAUGUGCUAAAUGGUUAACAAGAUGUGGAGCAUUAAGAGCUGAUCACAAAGCCAAUUGGCCAAAUGCAACACCAUUUGAUCUUGCUUACACAUUAAGAGACGGAGUAUUACUUUGUAAUUUAUUAAAGACUGUAGAUUCAGGAUGCAUAGAUAUGAAAGAUGUUAAUCAGAAACCACAAAUGGCACAAUUUUUAUGUUUACGAAAUAUAAAAGUAUUUCUGUCUGCAUGUUCAACUAUUUUCGGAUUAUCAGAUUCUGACCUAUUUGAACCUUCUAUGUUAUUUGAUUUAUCGAAUUUUCAACGUGUACUUUGUACACUAUCAGCACUAUCAAAUUGUCAUCGUCUAAGACAAAAGGGUAUUCCAGGUUUCUCAGUAGGCCAUAGUCGAUCUCAAGAAGAUAUUUAUAAGGAUUUGCAAAGUGCUGGUGUAGGGCGCGAAGAUGAAGGUCGUCGCAGAAGGUUUAGAAGGAGAGAGGGUGAUGAAGCAGGUGGAGGAGGAGACAAUGAUGACUCUGUAGGAGAAGAAGAUGGUUAUGGAGCUUAUUGCAGUCAUGCUCAAAGUGAAGAGAUCUAUCAGGACCUUUGUAGUUUACACCUGCCACCUCCUCCAUCUGUUGCUCAGCAGGGUGGUGCAAUAUCAGGAGGAGAAAAGAGGGACUAUGUUAUUCAAGAACUUGUAGAGACUGAAAGAAACUACUCAGAUGUUCUCAACAGUUUAUUAAAACAUUUUGCGAGACCACUUUCAUCAUUAUUAAGACCUGAAGACGCCGCACGAAUAUUUUUUGGUAUAAAAGAAUUGUCCGAAAUUCAUGCUGGCUUCCAUAGUCAACUUCGUAAAGCAAGAAAUGGAGCUGCCUUAGCUCAAGUUUUUCUUGAUUGGCGAGAAAAGUUUCUUAUUUAUGGAGAUUAUUGCGCAAAUCUUACACUUGCACAAAAUACGCUACAAGAAGCAUGUACGAGAAACGAAGUUUUUAAUCAAGAAGUCAUAAGAUGCCAACAAGAUUCCAAUAAUGGUAAAUUUAAAUUACGUGAUAUACUUUCUGUACCAAUGCAAAGGGUGCUAAAAUAUCAUUUGCUACUUGAUAAGUUAGUGGAAGAGACUCCUAGAGAUUGGCACGAAGACAGACGUCAAUUAAGUGAAGCGAGAGAAGUUAUGGUAGACGUAGCACAAUAUAUAAACGAAGUUAAACGUGAUGCAGACACAUUAGAUAUCAUAAAAGAUAUAGAAGCAUCGAUAAUUGAUUGGGAUGUACCUGAAGAUGCACAAUUAAAAGAUUAUGGACGUUUGUUAAGAGAUGGAGAACUUAAGGUGAAAGCACAUGGUGAUCAAAGAAUAAAAGCCCGUUAUGCAUUUGUUUUUGAGCAAAUCAUUCUAAUAUGUAAAGCGGGAAGAGGUGAUCAAUAUUGUUAUAGAGAUUUUUUACGUUUAGAUGAUUAUAGACUUGAGGAUCAUACGGGUAGACGAACUCUUGGCCGAGAUUCACGUUGGUCUUAUCAAUGGUUACUUGUGCAUAAACAAGCAUACACUGCAUACACCUUAUAUGCAAGGACAGAAGAACAAAAGCAAAUGUGGAUUAAAGCAUUACAAGAUGCGAUGGAUAAUGUAAAUCCUGCUGCAUGUCGAAACACGAAUCAUAAAUUUAAACUUACAACAUUUGAUACUGCACGUAGUUGUCAACGUUGCGGUAGAUUCCUUAAAGGCUGUAUAUUUCAGGGUUACAGAUGCGAAGUAUGUCGCCUUGCUGUACACAAACAAUGUAUUGCACAUUCAGGACGUUGUAUGCCAAUACCACCUCCACCCCCACCACCACCACCCUUGCCUUGUGAAAGAGCACUUUCUGCAAAACUUUGGUUUGUUGGAGAAAUGGGACGAGACACGGCAUCUAAUAAACUUGAACCUCGUGAGGACGGCACAUACAUGUUAAGAAUAAGACCAGCUGGCCAACCUCGACUUAAGCAUGAAACUAAUUAUGCAUUAAGUAUCAAGGCCGAUGGUGCGGUAAAACACAUUAAGAUAUUCAAACGUGAUGUAGAUGGUGCAGAUCUCUAUUAUCUCAGUGAAUCUAGAUUUUUUAAGAGUGUCGUCGAACUUGUAGAGUACUAUGAACGCGCCUCAUUAGCAGAAAAUUUUGAAAAAUUGGAUCAACGAUUGUUAUGGCCUUUCCGUCGUGUAUUAGCCAAAGCAUUAUUCGAUUUUCAUGGUAGCGAACGUAAUCAAUUGAGCCUUCGACGUGGUUGCAGAGUUGUUGUCUUAAGUAAAGAAGGUGAUGCCAAAGGAUGGUGGAAGGGAAAGAUAGGCGAUCAAGUAGGAUUCUUUCCUAAAGAGUAUGUUGAGGAAGAAUAACGGAAAUGCGGCAGUAAUAAUUCUUAUCUAUGCCGCAAUUAUCUUAUCGUGCAAUCAUAAAUUGAGUGAAAUAUAUUUUGAAGAGAUAGAAAGAAAACGAACAAAAAAAGAAAAAAAAAGAAAUAUAAGAAGAAACAAAAAAAAAACAAGACAAAACAAAAUCAUACAAAAAAGAAAAAAAAUGAAAAGAAAAAGCAAAAUGAAAUAUACCAUGACGUUUACAUUGUGCAAAGCACCUUGUAAAAUAAUAUUUUCAAUGCCAAUCUUA